AUGUGCUUACAAGUGCAAGAAAGAGAAGGUGAAAAAGAUAACGAAUAUCAAGUAAACAUUGCUAAGAACAUGAGCCAAGAUGACGAAGCUGAGGGAGUCGAAUCCGAUGCAACAAAUAUAACUAACAGCUCCAGGUUCAUUCCACAGGAGGAGAUAAUAGAGAUUGACGACCCAACGACUUCCCUAAUGAAGUUUGUAGGCGUGAUGACUAUCGUAGUUCUGUUCAUACUUGUAGUUUUGGCCGUUUACCAUGAAUAUAAAGAACUCAAAUUGGAAUGGAGGAGACAAGAAGAGUUACUGAAUAGACAAGCUGAAGAGCGCGAAGUCAUAAACGAGUUUAUUUCACCAAAUAUCGAUCAUGAACUUUCGACUCCAAGUCAUUCUUUGCAGAAAACGCAAAAAAAUCGACAACUGUACCAAUUCGAUCCACGGAUCUUAUCAGCAGCCUCAGGCGCCUCCUUGGAAAUGCGAGUGCAAGGCUUAGCAGCAACUCCGGCAGCAGCGACUCCUGUUGUCAAGGUUGGAGAUGUCGAAGCACAGAAGGGAGUUGGACCUGAGAAGAAGAUUGGUGCCAAGAAGACCGGUCGAUCAAAGGAAGUCAUUUUUGAGGAUCAGAAGAAAGGAGGUCCAAAGUUCACAGAAUUGGCUAUAUAGGAUCAAAGUUAAGGUUGCCUGUCCAAAAUCGCAAAACAAUCCAACUAAAAUGUCACCGAUGUCGUGAAAUCACAAAGUUAUUUGAGUUAAUUUCCAAGU